ACUUGUGAGGCCAGCCGCCGCCGAACAAGAAAGAUCGGCAACCCGCAUUGACCACAGCCAUCAAAAGAUCCAAGACCAGCGAGAAGACGAACCCCACUCUAAGAUCUACCGGUAUUUAUCACUGGUCGCAUUAUUUGACAUUUGGCUAGUUACGGAUAAUAUCUCAAGACCACUCUUGCGAACUCUCUUUUGUAUAGCAUACAACGCAUUCUCUUGUCUCAUUCCACUGCCUCUUAUGCGCCCUUGUCGAUUUUUGCUGUCGUUUUUGGCACUAGUGGGAAGCCUGGAUAUUGGAUUCUCCUUUGCCAACGCUAAUAAAUCGCCCCUCCCAUCCACGGCGACCCGACAAUCAGCUGUCUCUUUUGUUCGCCCUCCAGUAACAACUGCGCCCGCCAUGGCAAGCACUCUGCGACAGCGCAAGAAACCCACUGAUACCGCCCUCAAUGUGAGUGGUGGUGCCAGCAGCAGCAGAGUGAAUACCCCCGAGCAACCAGACUACAAGAAACUUUCGGUUUUGUUGACCUCUUUAUGGGGAAGUGGUGGAGUGAUUUACAUUUUGGCCAAGGCCAUUAAAAGAGUGGUACCGAUCGCUUUGGAGCCAUUCCAGGAAGGGGCAGUCCCAUUAUCACAAGUCCAGCUGGGAAUCUACCUUGUGACUUGCCUUUGGUUCGCCUAUGUGGAAGGAUACAAGGGGUUUCAAACCAAAUUUUCGCCUCUAGUGGUUAAACGAUCCUUGACAUUGGUGCCUGGAACGAGUGGCAUUCAUCACAUUCUAUUGGCACCACUCUACUCCAUGGGGCUUUUCCAUGCUUCCAAAAAGCGUAAAAUUGUUAGUUGGAGUGUUACCAUUGGGGUGGCUGCGAUUGUGGCCGCCGUGAAACGCUUGCCUUAUCCAUGGAGAAAUAUUGUCGAUGCCGGUGUUGUGGCAGGUCUUACCUGGGGAUCCUUGAGUAUCAUUGCCAUUUAUUGCAAGGCAUGGAUGCUGGGCAAGCCACCAGCUAUUGAUCCUGCCAUGCCAGAGUGAACGAACGAACGACAGACAAUGAAUGACACCUGAUGACACAACAACUUGGCAAUCAAAAACAACCACGACAACAUACUCUCAGGCAUUCAUUUCCUGCAUGUGAUGCAAUAGUUGCUAAAACACAGCAAAAGAAUACAUCCACGAAAACAGCUUUCAAAUAAGUCACAUGGAAUUAGACAUGGCGGUUGCAAUUCCC